CCUCCAUUAAUGCCCUAAUCCCAUGGAUUCUUAUAGUAACAGCUCUUCCUUUCUCUCAAUGCUUCUAAUCUUCCUCUUCUUCUUCUUGAAGCCCCAUGUACAAUGCCAGCUGGACUAUGGUUUCUAUGAUGAAACUUGCCCGAAACUCACGAAGAUCAUCCGAUACGGGGUGUGGUCCGCCAUUCAGAAUGAUACGAGGAUCGCGGCGUCACUUCUUCGCCUUCACUUCCAUGAUUGUAUUGUCAAUGGAUGUGAUGCAUCGCUGCUGCUUGAUGAGACAAGCAAGAUGAAGGGCGAGAAGAAUGCAUUAGCUAACAGGAAUUCGAUCAGAGGUUUUGAGGUGAUCGAUGACAUCAAGGCCGCCGUAGAGAAAGAGUGUCCAUCGACCGUCUCUUGUGUUGAUAUACUCACUCUAGCAUCAAGAGAAGCUGUGUUUCUAUCAGGUGGGCCAUAUUGGUUAGUGGCCUUAGGAAGGAGAGAUGGCACAACAGCCAGUGAAAGCGCAGCCAACGAGCAGAUACCAGGACCGUCCGAAUCCCUCCAAAACAUCACCUCGAAAUUCACUUCCAAGGGUCUCUCCUCCAAAGAUGUUGUCGUACUUUCAGGUGCACACACCAUAGGUUUCGCCCAAUGCUUCACCUUCAAAUCAAGGCUCUUCGAUUUUGCCGGCUCUGGUAAGCCGGACCCGAACCUCGAUUCAUCUCUCCUCCAGAGUCUCCAGAGCGUGUGCCCAAACGGAGACGGAUCAAAUGCCAACCUGGCACCGCUGGACCCAGUCACGAUCAACAAGUUCGACAACGUGUACUUCAAGAACCUGGUGAACAAUUCAGGCCUUCUGCAAUCAGAUCAGGCCCUGAUGAGGGACACUGAUAGUUCUGCAUUGGUGAAUAACUAUAGCAAGUACCCAUAUCUGUUCUCCAAGGAUUUUGGAGCGUCCAUGGCGAAAAUGGCCAAUAUAGGUGUGAUCACCGGUCAAGAUGGACAGAUCAGGAAGAAUUGUAGGGCUGUAAACUAGCCUUUGGUGGGCCAAAACAAUGUGUAACUAUGUUGACUGCAUGAAACUAAGGAUGUAUGAAUAAAAACGUGUUUGUGGAUGAA